AUGUUCUACAGCUUCGCACCCCCGCGAUCCGGCCCAGUCGCCAAACGGCGCAAGAUCCGCCGAGCAUGCGAUUACUGCCGACUGCACCGAGUCCGCUGCGAUGGCGCGGUGCCUUGUUCCCAGUGUAUCACCAACAAGGUCCAGUGCGUUCAUCCGUCGGUCUCACAGAAGCAACAGAAGCAGCCAGCCUCUACACGCAGUUCUGCGGCCCAUACGGCGGUGCUUCCAGUUCCGGUUCCUGAACACGCCGUUCAGCCUGUACAAACAGCCCCGGAUCAAUUGCCCCGGGCGGAGUCUGGCUCAGUCGACCAUACCUCAACUGACCCUUGGAUAGAAGGACUGGGAUCGAUGAUCGAGUUCACUUCGCGGAUUAACAACUUUUGCUCAGUGGUAUCAAAGAUGUCGGUGCAACCGUCUCUUGCCCCAAAUGAUCCCCCGCCGCCGCUGCCAGGAACCUCUUAUGAAUCGCCAGGCCUGUUGCAAACGAGGGAACACAACAGCGUGGAUGUGGGACAUUCAGCGCAAGGGCUCCAAGCACGUCUCUUACACCUUUAUUCGACUCGGUUUUAUUGGCUGGUUCCUGUUGUAAACCGUGUUGACCUUCAGAAUCAAUCGCCUUCUGCCAUGUCGCAAUCUAUGCUAGAAGCCAUUAUGGCUUAUUGUCUACAGUCACUAUACCAUGCAGGACUACACCAGCGCCUGCUCAGCCUCCGUGCUGAAAUAGGAGGAUCCGAUACAGAUCAGAGCGCUCUGGACAUUUCAAUCGCUUGUUUUCGGAGGGCUUUGGCGUACAGCGGCCAUUUCGUUGUUUAUUCCCAACCAUCACUGCAAGACAUUCAACGCCACAUCUUCAUGUCCCUUUUCCUCCUUAACACCGGAGACUUUCAGGCCGUGUAUAAUAUCACUGGACUCGCCAUUGGACUGGCCAAAUCGCUCAAUUUGCACCAUCAGCCGCCGUCCCAUCUGCCCGCCGAGGAGGCAGAACUGCGUCAACGCAUCUGGUGGACGCUGCUGCAUAUUGACUUUCACUGCUCGCGUUAUCUGGGGAAACCGACCGCGGUGGCCCUGAAAGAUACAACAUGCGCUAGGCCACGUGCGAUCUCCAUAGCCACUGAUUUAGUUCCCUUAGAAAUAGCUUUCCACAGUUGCUUAAUGUCACUAACAGUAACAGCACGAAAGAUCGCAGAAGCCUUAAAUGCCCAUCAUGAUAUAGCGUGCAACCAUGAAUUUAUCGAACGAAUUGAGUGGCGCGCUGAGCUUCUAUCUCAGGAGAUCAGCGAACUUCAACGAUGGCGGGACAGCCUGCUACAGACUCCUCCAUUUGCCAACCUACGGCUUUCCAGCAAAAAGCGCCGGCCAAGGACCUUUGAGAUCGAAGGGAAUGCAUUUUACGAUGAAGACAGUUGGAUGAACGGGGAGUCGACCGCCCGGAUACUGCAAUCCACUCUACUGGAGCUGCAAUAUCACGAUAUUGUGAUUUGGUUUCAUCGCCCCUUUAUUCAGUUCCCAACGCGCGGUUUAGUUCCGCAGCGCAGUCCUCACGCCGAUAUCCACGCUACUACAGCUCUCCAUCAUGCUUUCACCAUGAUUGAAGUCAUACAUUCGCGUACCCUAAAUCAUGAUGCUCUCUAUGGGUGUUGUGAAAUUUAUCAGUACGUCUGGAAUGCUGGUCUGACGCUGAUCGGCUUCAUGCUGGCUUACCCCCUAUGUUACUGGUUUCCCGAAGCCCGGAAACAUGCCGAGACUUCACUUCGGAUUCUUGAAGCUGGUGGGGUGUCCAAUACUAUUGCAUCUCGCGCUACACAUCUCACACAGUACCUACUUGGGCGGGUGGAUGUCUUGAUGGCUCUGCUGAGAUCCGAUCAGUGCGCAAAGGAUACCACCGCUGGCAACGUGCAUCGCCAUAAAAAAACUAUAGAUGAAGUUGAUUUAUUAGCAGAGGAAUCUUCGCCACCAGCCGUCCCAACACCAGAUUCUGCUUUUGACGCACUGUGGUCCUGGGCGGACACGGUUGAUCCUGAGACUUGGCACGAGUAUUGCAAUGAAAUCAGCGAUGUUUUGACCGACAUUCCGGAGAUAUUAUAG